AUGUCCACCCAAGAUCACGACGACGUUGACAUGAUCGACGUUUCUCCUUCACAAGACAUAUCCGUCAAACGAAGAAAGACUCGCCAUGAUCCAAGAUUGUUAAAACAAGCUUCUUCGACAUUCGAGCAGGAACUCGACGAAAUGGGCUUCGACAACGAGUCUGCAAAGGCUACAUGGAGUCGUGCACCAGCACCACCAUUGGAUCCAUCCAAAGACAACUUGGUGUUCCAGCAAAUCGAAGCCGAUGACUACAUGGAUCACAAUUCAAGGAGGCCCGUUGUGAGAUUAUAUGGUAUCACCAAGGGAGGAAAUAGUGUCGUUUGCCAUGUUCAUGGUUUCCUGCCAUACUUUUACUUCCCAGCACCAGUUGGCUUGAAGCAAUCUCAUUUACCCUCUUUACAAGCUGGAUUAUCGACAGCAGUACAAAGUGGAAUCAAUCGUGUGGAUCUAGUCAUGAAGCAAAGCAUCUAUGGCUAUCGUGGUGAUGGAUUUGUGCAGUUUGUCAAAGUCACGUGCAACGAUCCCAGGGAUAUCAGCAAAGCCAGGAACAAGGUGGAAUCGGGUAUUACGGUCGCAGGGCUGGAUAAACCAUGCACAGCAGAUACCACUUUCGAAAGCAACUUGGCGUAUCUAUUACGAUUCAUGAUUGAUUGCAAGGUACCUGGCUCUAAUUGGAUUGAGCUUCCUGCUGGACAAUAUCGCCAUUCCCAAAAAAGGAUAUCCCAUGCACAAUAUGAAGUGGAAAUAUCUCAUGAAAAGUUUAUCAGCCAUCCACCAGAAGGAGAGUGGUCCGAUAUUGCUCCAUUGCGUGUUCUCAGCUUUGAUAUUGAAUGUGCUGGUCGAAAAGGUGUAUUCCCUGAACCCGAAGUCGAUCCAGUUAUCCAGAUUGCAUCGGUGGUCAAAGUACAAGGCGAGACAAUCCCAUUUGUUCGAAAUGUUUUCACGCUUCGCGAUUGCGCACCAAUUGUUGGCACUGAUGUUCGUUCUUUCCAUACCGAAGUCGACCUAUUACAAGGAUGGCGUGAUUUCGUGCAAGAGGUCGACCCUGAUGUCAUUAUUGGUUAUAACAUCUUGAACUUUGAUUUUCCAUAUCUCCUCGAUCGUGCCAAACACUUGAAGGUUGCACGCUUUCCUUUCUUUGGAAGAAUUCAAGGAAUCCAAACACAAACCAAGGAUACAACAUUCUCUUCCAAGGCCUAUGGCACACGCGAGAGUAAGCAAGUCAAUCUUGAAGGACGGCUGCAACUCGAUCUUCUUCAAGCAAUUCAACGAGACUACAAGCUUCGAUCCUACACCCUCAAUGCUGUUUCUGCCGAAUUCUUGGGUGAACAAAAGGAAGACGUGCAUCACUCUAUCAUCACUGAGCUUUACAAUGGCAACCCUGAAACCAGACGUCGCUUGGCUGUGUAUUGUUUGAAGGACGCUUUCCUCCCUCUUCGGCUGAUGGAUAAGCUGAUGAUGCUUUUCAACUAUAUCGAGAUGGCUAGAGUGACAGGUGUGCCUUUCAAUUAUAUCAACACCCGUGGCCAGCAGAUCAGAGUCAUUUCACAGCUUUAUCGUCGAGCCCUUGAACAAGACUUAGUCAUCCCAGUAGUCAAAUCUGAAGUUUCGGAGCAACAAUAUGAAGGUGCCACCGUUAUUGAACCUGUCAAAGGAUACUAUAGCGUUCCAAUUGCAACACUCGAUUUCACGUCUCUGUACCCAUCUAUUAUGCAAGCGCACAAUCUUUGUUACACAACCUUGCUCAAUCCUGAAGCCGUCCAACGACUCGGCCUGGUCAAGGAUGUCGAUUAUGUCGUAACACCAAACAAUGACAUGUUUGUCAAAGCUAGCCGACGCAAAGGAUUGCUUCCCGAGAUUCUACAAGAUCUGUUAUCAGCCCGUAAACGUGCAAAAGCUGACUUGAAAAAGGAAACGGAUCCCUUCCGAAGAGCUGUGUUGGAUGGUCGACAAUUAGCAUUGAAGAUCAGUGCCAACUCGGUUUAUGGCUUCACAGGUGCUACUAUCGGCAAGCUCCCAUGUCUGCAAAUUUCAUCAAGUGUUACUGCCUAUGGUCGUCAAAUGAUUUUAAAGACACGUCAGGUCGUGGAAGAGAUGUAUAGCAUUCAAAAAGGCUACAAGCACAAUGCUGAAGUUAUCUAUGGUGAUACCGAUUCUGUCAUGAUCAAAUUUGGAGUGGAUACUUUGGAAGAGGCAAUGAAACUAGGCAAAGAAGCUGCUGAGCUGGUAACCAAGGAGUUCGUUCGACCGAUCAACCUCGACUUUGAAAAGGUGUACUUCCCUUAUCUGCUUAUUAGCAAGAAACGCUAUGCUGGUCUCUAUUGGUCAAGACCUGAAAAAUACGACAAAUUGGAUGCUAAGGGUAUCGAGACUGUGCGUCGUGAUAAUUGUCGACUUGUAUCCAACGUUGUGCAACAAAGCUUAAAUAAGCUUCUCAUCGAUCGUGAUGUUCAAGCAGCUCAAGAAUAUGUGAAAAAGACCAUCUCAAUGUUGCGUCAAGACAAGGUGGAUUUAUCGCAGCUCGUGAUUACCAAGGCAUUGAGCAAAAAUGAUUACAGCGCCAAGCAAGCUCAUGUGGAACUCGCUGAGAGGAUGCGUAAACGUGAUGCUGGUUCAGCCCCUGCCCUCGGUGAUCGUGUUGCCUAUGUCAUUAUCAAAGCUGGCAAAAACGCACCCGCAUACGAACGAGCCGAGGAUCCGCUUUAUGUCUUGGAACACAACAUCCCCAUCGAUACCAGCUAUUACUUGGAGAAUCAGUUAUCCAAGCCCCUGCAACGUAUUUUCGAACCGAUCUUGGGUGACAAAGUGAACAGCCUCUUGCAAGGUGAUCAUACUCGAACCGUGAGCAUUGCUACUCCAUCAGCAGGUGGUAUCAUGAAAUUUGCUGUCAAGAAGACUACGUGUCUUGGUUGUCGAGCACCAUUGAAGAAAGGAGACCAUCCAGCAGUGUGCGCACAAUGCAAACCUCGACUCACAGCAAUCCAUUUACACCAGCUGAAGGUCUUCCGAGAUGCGGAAACUGCUUAUUCUCGCCUUUGGACACAAUGUCAGCGAUGCCAAGAAUCACUUCAUCAAGAUGUCAUCUGCUCAAACAACGAUUGCCCCAUUUUCUACAUGCGCAAGAAAGCUCAAAAGGAUGCAAAUGAAGCCGAAGACAAGGUCGCUCGGUGCAGCAUGGAAUGGUUGUAA